CACCUUCAUACGCCAUGUCGAAGAACAUUCCUUAUGCUUAACUGUACCAGGACUGCUCCUGUAUAGCCGAGCUAACCUAACUCUCCUCUCUCCUGCUAACCCCUGCUCCAGGGUCCUUUGAAUUCAGGCUCCUGAUGACCCUCACUACACUGCUAGAAGAUCUCCUGAAAUGCGUGGAAUGCUGCAAGCAGCAGCAUAACCCACUGAUUAAUGCCACCACCAUAGGCGCCCAGAACCAGAACCAGAGCCAAAAUCCCGAAGCAAAUCGCGACCCAUCUCCCGGACUGUUAACUAGUAUGAUUUAAUAAUAUUAAAUAGCUAAGAUUAUCUAUCUCACUAUUAUAGAGGGAGGAUAUAAAGUUAGAGUACUGACUUUGU